GCCGCGAUGGCGGAGGCGGCGCAGGCGCGGGUGCAGGCGGCGGUGGAGGGCGCGGUGCAGGAGCUGGAGCGGGAGCGCAUCCGCGGCCUGCAGGGCACCAUGUUCCGGUGCAGCGCGCGGUGCUGCGAGGACAGCACGGCCUCCAUGCAGCAGGUGCAGCGCUGCAUCGAGCGCUGCCACGCGCCCCUCGCCCAGGCGCAGGCCAUCGUCACCGCCGAGCUCGAGAGCUUCCAGGACCGCCUGAGCCGCUGCACGCUGCAUUGCAAUGACAAGGCGAAGGAUGCUCUGGAUGCAGGGACAGCGGAAGCCAGGGUGCGCGGGCAGCUCGACGCCUGCCUGGCUGCGUGCGGGGACGACCACCUCCGCCUGGUGCCCACCAUGGCCAAGAAGAUGAAGGACAGCCUGGGGGCCCUGCAGCAGUGAUGGGGGCUCCCCCCUGAACCCCGACUCCGCGCUCAUUAAAGGCGAGGAGGAGCC